GCGGCACAGCGCGUCGAGGUCGGCGCGCGGGACGCUGCCCCGGGGACGACGCAGCUCGUGCGAGUCGCUCGGCCCACCGACGCUUCAGUAAGGAACGCCUGGGACCGGCGCCGGAGCCCGAGGCAGCCCUGUAGAGACAACCAGUGGCAGCCAAGAUGGCCAAAGCAACACAACAAGUUUUUGCGGAGGACAUGUCCGAGGAGAAGGUCGACUUUUGCUUGGAGAUCGCCACCGACGCCUUCAACCAGGCCUCCUUCCAGGGGAAAGUAUACUCUUAUGUGGCGAACUUCAUUCGGGCGGCGCUCGAGAAACAAUACGGCAAGGGCUGGAAUGUGGUGGUGGGCAAGAGUUUUGGCGCCUUCGUGACGCACGAGAUCAAGACCUACUUCUACGGGUCCGUCGUGCCCGGCGUCUGCGUGCUGAUCUGGCGGUGCGAAGGGGAACCCCCGGAAUGCGACCGGGACGGCAUGCCGAUCAGCGUCGAGACCGAGGACAAGUAGGGUCACUGGUAACACUGG